AUGUCCGGCAUCCCCAAUCUCAGACCCUCUAUCGAUUCUUGCGCUUCGACUGCUCAACGCCUUCUACUGGGCGCUUCGGCGAAGUCCUCAUCGGCGGGGUCAAAGUUUAAGUCUGUGUUUAGGAGGUUACGGUCUGGAAUGGAGCCUGCUGGACCUGCCUUCGCGGGCCGCAAGCAGAAGAAGGAGAAGGCUCCGAGUCCGCGGAGGGCGAAAAGGAACCAGUAUGUGAGUGAGAUGAGGGUGAAUUUCUGAGCUUGUUUGGGCUUGCUGAGGGGGAGGAGGGGUAAGGAUGGGGAGCGAUUGUUGUUAUAAUGUUAUAUAUAGCACGGGGUCUGCUGAUCUGGACUGUCUUUUGAUAUCGGUAGGGUGUAGCCGGGUGGAUCAGGGUUCCUGUGAUGGUGGUGUGGAGGAUUUGGGUGGUGUUUAUGGAUCGUGA